ACAAAGCUUCGACGUCGAGGAAGUGCCAUACACUGGUCCACUACUCGAUAAAAAGAAAAGUUACUUCGAAUAAUAGCUUGAAAGCUGAAGUGGUGCUUUUCAAAAGUGAAAGGUGUUACAUUGAACUAAAGAAAAAUUAUCGAAGAAAGAAAAGAUCAUACUCCGUACGAUCGAACGAUCUGAGAGAAAAGAACGAGUAAUUCAUUCCGUACACCUGGAUCAAACGAAGAAAAGUUUUUUCCGACUCGGUGCUAGCGUAACCGAGUGGCGUAGGUCAUUGCCAGUGAUUCUGGUGCAUACGGCUCCAUCGAGCAUGGAAGAUUCAACGAGAUUAACAGACUCGGACGAACAUCAUCAUCAUCACCACCACCAUCAUCACCAUCAUCAUCAUCAUCACGAGUAUCGUCAACAAGAGCAACAGCCACAUCAACAACAGCUUCAUCGGCAACAUUCACGUCAGCAUAAUCGUGAUCCCAGUGGUCAUAGAUUAGAGCUGAUCGACGACGAGUGUAGCACCGACAGUGGUUGCAGCAGCGGUGGUAGCAGCGGUAGCGCUGAAAAAUUGUCUCGUCGUGGUAGCGCCGAACGUCUCUGCAGAGUCAAUAGAUCUCCUAGAAGUCAUUGUUAUCUGGACAGAUUUCGUGGACGACCAACGAGAUCGCAGGAACGAUUGUCCAGCGUGCAGAGAAGUGUCGAGCGUACACGGGCGAAGUCAUCGAGAUCAUGGAGUCCGAGCGAUGUCAGGGGACAUCAACGCGUAAGUGAAUCUCCUUCUUACUCGCCAAGUCCAUCGGACGCUCACAGUAGCAGCGAUAGCGACAGCAUGAAAAGGCCGUCCACCGCCGAAACCCUUAGACGAGCUUUCCAGACCCUCAAAAUAACAUCGAAAUGGGAGAGCAAGGAUAAGAAGCACGCGAAAAAGAGCCCAAAGAGAAUCCUAAGAAGUCCGGUCUCUUAUACUUAUGUAAGAGGACUCUCCGGUCUGCCAACUCAGAGAGUACCCAGAAAUGCGGCCCAGCAGCUGAUGAUGUCCUGCACUUGUCAAGACUCGAUAGGGCUCUAUCGAUAAGUUUGCUGUCUUUCCAUCGUUCUCCGCUUAAAACGGAAUUCAGAGUUGCGACAAAUUUGGAGAUUUGGACUAUGAGAACAAUCAUUAUCAUUUAUCUCCUUACGUUAUCAUCCUUUUGAUUCGUUCACUUUGCUUUCUUCGUAGCUUAAGCUUUCGAAGAAUGAAACGAAUUCAUUGAAUGGGGAUCAAUUCGUACGUCAGCCUAAUAUCUUCCCUUCGAGAGGAUCUUUCUCGAAGAAAAAUCUAAUCGAUCGGCUGCCUAGCCAAAAGCUCUUGAAAUUUUUCCUACUAUCAUUCUCGUACGAACUAAACCUUCGCAAAUACUCUUUCUACGUUUAUUUCCAAAGUAUUUUAUAUGACAUACCGUAUACGUAUAUGUGAUAUAUUCAUACUUUUAUUCAAGACUUAAACAAGGAAAGAUAGAAAAAAAUUGACGAGCUACAAACUUUUUUCAACUUUCUCGAGUUUUGAUAAACUCGAGCAAAUCGUUGGAUACUCGAGGCUACGUGGAAGCCGAGAUUGUAAAGUUUAACGUUGCUUCUAAAGGAUGGAAAUAAUUAAGAAGAAAAACCCACAACAACAACAACAACAACAGCAACAACUUUUUCAUCGCAUUUUUACAAGGAUCACGUAGGAUCUUUUUAAUGUCGUGAGGUUUAACGACCAACGUAUAUACGAUAUUACACGCGAUAGGACAUCACAAAUAUUUCACAAGACGAGAUUCGUUUCUGAAAAAAAAAAAAGGAAAAAAAAAGUAAAAUGAAAAAAAAUGGAGCCAAAGUUCCCUCCACAUUCACGUAUACAUUCGUAUAUUAUACACACACACACAUAUAUAUAUAUAUAUAUAUAUAUAUAUGUGUGUACAUAUAGAUAUAUUAUAUCCAGAGCGCCUAUUAUCACAAUAUCAAGGAACAGAUUAGACGAAGUAUAUACGAAGAUAUGAGACGAUAUGACAUUUAAAUAUCAAUAGUUGCCAUAAUCAUUCGAUUAUUGAUUAUUGAUUGAAAGGAGUAUUUUAGAAGUCGCACGUAUUAAUGACGAAUUCGUUUGAAGAGAUAGCUAGAUAAAGAGAAAGAGAGAGAGAGAGAGAGAGAGAGAGAGAGAGAGAGAGAGAAUAACAGAUAAUUACUUGUUCAUGCAUACAUAUAUACAUACAUAAUUAUCUAAAAACAGUUUGGAGUCACGUCAUAGUACUACUGUCUCUAUAUUCUCCUUACGUAGCAGUUUUAUCGAUUAAUCAUUAAUUAGCAACGUGUUUUAAUCGAAUUAAUUAGUCGUCAUCUAAAAAAACAUAGACGAAUUCUCGUAAGAUUAUUUAAUCUUUCGAGUUACUAGUUCCAUUCAUCGAUGCCCAAGCCUUAGGAAUUUUAGUCGAACGACGGAUCAUCGUCACAUUGUUAAUCCCUCGCGAUCCCUGCUAUUGGGGAUGAUUGGUAUGAAAUUAAUCAAAAGGAGUAAUAAUUUAAAGAAAGAACAAACCAAAAGAUAUCUUUCCGAUCGCGAGGGAUUAAAAAGUACCUCUCAUGCUUGCGUGUAAGAAGGAGAACAAAAAUGCACUGAUGAAUGAAAGAGAAAGAGAAAUGCGUUUUAAACGUCAUCGCGCGCGCGCUUCCUCAUCCUAUUCGACGUCUAUCGUUGGAUAUAUUUUACUUUAGUACGUAAAAUAAUCACGUGCGUCGACGUUUGCUCGCGUCGUCGUGCGCAGCCAAAUGUCAAUUACAUCGACGCGUACGACUGUAGUUUAAUUUAAAAUGAUCGAACGAAACGUGAUUCAAACGAAGGGCCUCCUCCUCCUCCAACCCCUCCCCCUUCCCCGUCCUCAUCCUUUUAAACGACCGAACAAAUAUGUCUACUCUUCUGUAAGAAAAACGAAAGGAACAUCCUAUUCGUAAAAAUAUUUUGUUAAAUUCUUCAUAAUCUUUAAUCUUUCUCGUUAUAUCGAUCGAGAAAUCAUCGUUUGCACGUUUUUAUUAUCGUGAAUGAACGGCCGACGAACUCUUUGAUUUGUAUGAACGAAACUAUGAUCAAAGAAAGAAGGAAAGAUAAAAAGAGAGGAAGUAUACCGAGUAGAUGAUCUUAAAGAAGGGUAGAAAAGGAACGCGGUCUUAGCUUUAUCAACGAUUCAAUCAGUACAUAUCAUAACGCGGAUAAAAAAGAACGUUUCGUCAUUUAGAUCUUUCAAUUUUCGAUCCAAAGUAUUAAGAAGAGGGGAAAAGAAAAAGGAACAAAAAAAGAAAAAUUAAUUACAGGGAAAUAAGGGUAUUUUAUCGGUGGAUAUAAAGGAAAAGAAAAAAAAAAAAAAAAAAGAAAAGAAAAAAAAAGAGAAAGAAAAAAAAAUAAAUAAAAAAGAAAUAAUUUAUGGAGCCGCGUUCUUCCCGUCCGACGAAAAAAAAAAGAGACCACUAUCCCCUUCCUAUGUGUUCACAAUGAACGGAGCGGCACGAUGGUGACAAUGACGUGAAGAAUAGAUAGAGAAAAGAGAUAGAGAGAUAUAAGUAAGAUAGUAAGAAAGUAAGAAAGAGAAUUUCAUCGACGGACUGUUUGUGCGACCCAUCUAGUGCCUUGUAGAUAUCCCCGCGUGUCUGUGCGAAUAUGCGAAUCCAUUUCGCGUAUAGAUUAACGUGAGUCGAUUACCAAAAAUUAAUAAUGCGAAUUGAUGAACGCACGUAUGUAAAUAUAUAUAUAUGUAUAUAUAUAUAUAUAUAUAUAUAUAUAUAUAUAGAAAAAAAAAUAAAAUAAAAUAAAAUAAACGAAGAGACGACAUGUAACGUUCACGAAGUAAACGCAAUUGGUCUUCGUGUAAGAAUGAAAUUGAUAGAUGAUCAAU